GAACCGCGGCUGCCGUCCGCGGGUCUGUGUGGCGUGGAGCGAAAUUUGAACCUCCCCGUGCUGCAGUUGGGCUGUGUUUUUGUUGGUUUUUAGUUUUUAUGAACGUGUUUUAAGAUGCGCGUGGCGUUUUUAUGACACAAUUUUAUAUUUUUUUUAGUAGCAGAACCACACAGUCAAUAACUCGACGAGAUGUCUGCCGUAGAGAUUAACACUGCUAGCACUGACGGAGAUGAGAGGGAGAAAAUGUUGUCUCCGUCAGAAGAGAGCACCCCUCCACUAUUAAACGGCACUUCUGCCCACCUGAAUUUCUGCACGCUCACACCGCGUCAGUUUGGGAUCUCGGCGCAGAGUUUUACCCCUGCACUGUCAUCGAACUGCAAAGACAAGUCUCGUCUAGCACAAAUAAAGGCAAGGCGGCGGUCCAGUGUUGGUGUCCGAGGCUCCCCAGAGACAAACUCACUCAUCCGCUUCAUGGCACAGCAGAGGAUGAAAACUCCAACAACCCAACACACUUCAGAGCCUGUCAGAAAUAGCCCCUUCCUUCCACGCGUCCCUUCCACACUGAGGCAGAAGAUGGCCUCCUUCCAGGGUCUGAUGGAUGUGGAGGAGAGUGAGGUCUGUGAUCUGAUGCCAGAGCAGGACAACAACAAGGGAGAAUGCAUCAAGACAAGAGAUUAUCUGUCGGAUGGGAGCAGCAAGGAGAACCACCCACCAGUGAAGAGGAGGAGGUGCCUGGCCCCACUUGAAAGCUCUGUGGUGCAGAUUAAAAAGGCCAGCGCUCCUGUCCUUCAGUUCAAGUUUAAAGAGCACGAGGAGGCUGAAGUACCAGUGCCACAGGUUUUAACACCAAGACCGAUGCCACCCAGUGAGACUGUGAGAGAGGCCCAGGCUGUGCUGAUUUCCCCACCUGUACAUGUUGAAUCUGAGCUCCAGCCAUGUUCCCCUUCUAAGAACCAACAGGACGGUGUCUUUGCACUGCAUAGCCCCAACCGACCACCAGCUGAUGAUCCUGCUUCACCACCUCACCCCGUCUCUCCCUUCCACAUCACCUCCCUCCCUUCUCUGCUUGAGAUGAAGCCCACAGGAAAGGAUGACUCCACUGGCUUGUCUGCUGUAAAGAGGAAAAAGAAGGUGCACUUUGGAGGUCCGCUCUCCCCUGAGUUAUUCGAUAAGAACUUGCCCCCCAGCACCCCAUUACAGAAGGGUUCCACUCCUGCCCGAGCACCCACCCCAGGUGGGGCCUUACUGCUGCGCUCACUGCUGAAGACACCGCAGAGAAGUGUAGCCCAGACGCCGCAAGCUCAGCCAGACUACAGCGACCACGCCGAGUUUGGUGCCUCUCCUACACUAGCACUCCCUCGCAACUUCAGAACGCGGCCUGUGGGCGAAGAGAGUGAGGAAGCGGGAGAAAAGAUCGUUUUCCCUUCAUUGGAGGAGAUUGACUCUGCACAGUCAAAUGAUUCAGAAUAUACGUGGGACUCCCAGCCAUUAAACCUAAACGCUGCUUUCAAUGAGGAGUCUCCUUCUCACAUAAUGACAGAGUCAGAGAGUGAACCCAUCACAGCAUCCCAGAUGGAUGUCCUCGGUGAGCCUGCAUCUUUACCAGAGAAGGAGAAACAGCCUGAAGCAACUGCAGUCAGAUCUCGCACCCGAAGGAAGAAGUCAGAACCGGGGUGUGAAUCUACCAGCGAGGCUCCAGCUGACUCCAGCAGUCGAAAGAGAAAGCGCACACAGGAGAGUGAACCUGUGAAGAGGUCGACACGCUCUGCUGCCAAGAUGGCCUCUGGGAAGAUGAAGCAAACCACCACAGCGACACGUCAGUGGAAAAAGGACGUGGAUCGCUCCCUGUAUGGCUCUCGGGCAUUCGCCUCUAAGAACCCCUCCCUGAGUCCCAUCACCGAGCUGCUGUCUUUCUUCAGUCAGUCCCCAGCUACACAGCCAACUCCCUCCAUCAGCUGCACAGAACAUACAGCACCAAAUGCAGAGACUCACUUGAGCCCUGAGAAUAUCAACAAUACUGAAGUCACUGGUGACCUCGCUGAGACACAUGCCUUAGAAAAUGCUUCAGAAGACUCGGCCCCAUCUCCAGACUCCAAUAAAAGGUGCAGCACAGGGAAAGGCCGGAGGCUGUCAGGGCCAAGGUCCAGAGGGAGGGGAAGGAAGAAUAGGAAGGUUGGUGUUUCUGACUGUGACUGGCUCAGUGAGGAGCCUGGGGAGCAGACUGGAGGAACCACACCAGAGCUCUGUGAAGACCAAACCUCGACAAACCCACUGUGCCACACUGCACUCGAGCAGGCAGCGGUUGAUAUUGAACUUAAUGACGAGGCUCGUGCAGAUGCUCGCAGCACACACUCCGAUGGGAAAUUAGAAAGUCCUGCCGGUCCUGACUCCUUCCCAAUUUCAGGUGAAGAACUCAACUACUCGAAUCAGCAACACACGGCCGAGCAUUUUGGGAGAAACUCUGCUAACGGCCAAGUCAUACAGGAAAGGGAUGACCAGCCGAGCCAUGAAGUGGAGGAAAAGCGACAAGGAGACUGCACAGCAAAGCAGCAUGAUGGCAACAGCAGGUCAGGCUCCUGCAGUCAGGAGGAGGAGCGAGUGUUUGAUGAGGACCUGGCUCCCUGGCAAGCUGACUUUAACUUUGAAGACGUGUUUAAACCUGUUGCCACUAGAGGACAUCGGUCCGUGCGCCGCAGCCUUAGGAACCAGAGCAGCAUCGUCUCCAGCAGCGGUGGCGCGGGUCUCGCUUGGCUUCCUCGAACGUCCCCCGAGUCCAGUAAAGGGGCUCGUAGGAGAACCCGGGGCCGCCGGCUCAGUGCAGUUCAACCUGUCCAACCGUCAGCCUCUGACGAGACGCACGACGACGCUUCAUGAGACUUUACACUGAGGACACGAGCUGACCAGUAAAUUGUUGCCAAAUUACCUCCCGUAACCAAGCCAGUCAAUAACACUGAGAGAGCUCAGCAGUGAUGUCUGCUGACCACCACCUAAUCAAUAACCAAGCACUCCUCAGCUGGUAAUCGGAGUGCAUCUUCACUCUCCAUCUGCAAGGUGACUGGAUCAAGCAGGUCUGAGUCAAUAUCUCUUCUUUGUGGAUGGAUGAAGGUGGCCCUUUUUUUUUCCAGACGGGAGGGGGGGGGGGGUGUCGACGGAUCCAUGGAUAAAAUAAAGUGAAAAGCAGCAGAGAGAGAUCAAAAUAUAGGCUCUCACUCUUCUGUUUAAUUCUCUUGGACUGUUUUUUAAGUGCUCAGUGUUUUCAGCAAUGAAGAUGUUCCCGUUUGACUGCAUUAUCUGAGCUUUUAGGCGGUUGGUUUGUGACUGUGACAGCCUGUCAAACUAACAUUUUCUUGUAUAAUGCAACGAGGUAAAUACGAGUUGGCAUUUAAUGUGCAAGUGUUGGCUGAUGAGAUGCUUUUGGCAAAUGUGAAGUUUCUCCACCAAACAGUUUUCCCUUUAAACAUGUGAUUAAGGCUGGGGAGUCAAUUCAGACAAUAAAAC